GGUGACGCAGCCUCAGUCCGCCCACUUCCCACCAGUGGCUCCUCCUCCUGCUUCCCGGCGUAGCGGCGGGCGUGGCUCGCCCAGAGGCUCGCUCUUCUGGGGCCGGGAAAACCGAGGAAUACACAUGCGCAGUUGGACCCCUAAGGCCCUUAGUGUCCCUUCCUACCCAACUCCCCGCCCCGACCCUCUGGGCGGGGCUGGGCCGAUAGUCCAGCUGCUGCUCGCUGGAGAUUCAGUGACUUCCUUAUUGUGAGUGCUGGCCCGCCAGUGUCCCGACUCGUAGCCCCGCUGUUUUUAUCCGGGCCGCUAGCCUGAGUCUAGGUCGCAGCCGCAGCCCCAACCCGUCGGUCACCUUUUCAGCGCAGGUUCUUUCCCCGCACGCCCUGCGCUCCCUAACAUGCCCAACCCCAGCAGCACCUCCUCUCCAUACCCCCUCCCUGAGGAAAUUAGGAACCUGUUGGCAGAUGUUGAAACAUUUGUAGCAGACAUACUGAAAGGAGAAAAUUUAUCUAAGAAAGCAAAGGAAAAGAGAGAAUCCCUUAUUAAGAAGAUAAAAGAUGUAAAGUCUAUCUAUCUUCAGGAAUUUCAAGACAAAGGUGAUGCAGAAGAUGGGGAAGAAUAUGAUGACCCUUUUGCUGGGCCUCCAGACACUAUUUCAUUAGCCUCAGAACGAUGCGAUAAAGAUGAUGAAGCCCCCUCUGAUGGAGCCCAGUUUCCUCCAAUUGCAGCACAAGACCUUCCUUUUGUUCUAAAGGCUGGCUACCUUGAAAAACGCAGAAAAGAUCACAGCUUUCUGGGAUUUGAAUGGCAGAAACGGUGGUGUGCUCUCAGUAAAACAGUAUUCUAUUAUUAUGGAAGUGAUAAAGACAAACAACAGAAAGGUGAAUUUGCAUUAGAUGGCUACAGUGUCAGAAUGAAUAACACUCUAAGAAAGGAUGGAAAGAAAGAUUGCUGUUUUGAAAUCUCUGCUCCUGAUAAACGUAUAUAUCAGUUUACAGCAGCUUCUCCCAAAGAUGCUGAGGAAUGGGUACAGCAGCUGAAAUUUGUAUUGCAAGAUAUGGAAUCUGAUAUUAUUCCUGAGGAUUAUGAUGAGAGAGGAGAAUUAUAUGAUGAUGUUGAUCAUCCUCUACCAAUAAGCAAUCCACCAACAAGCAGUCAACCAAUAGAUGAUGAAAUUUAUGAAGAACUUCCAGAAGAAGAAGAGGACAGUGCUCCGGUGAAAGUGGAAGAACAAAGGAAGAUGAGUCAGGAUAGUGUUCAUCACACCUCAGGGGAUAAGAGCACUGAUUAUGCUAAUUUUUACCAGGGAUUGUGGGAUUGUACUGGAGCUUUUUCUGAUGAGUUGUCAUUUAAGCGUGGUGAUGUGAUUUACAUUCUUAGCAAGGAAUACAAUAGAUACGGCUGGUGGGUAGGAGAAAUGAAGGGAGCCAUUGGCUUGGUGCCUAAAGCCUACAUAAUGGAGAUGUAUGAUAUUUGAGAGUCCUGGAAAAGGAAAAUUCUUCUGCUUGUCUGCAAAUGCUUUGGAUUUAGAAGUGUCAUGAAAGCAUGGGUGACAGCUCCUAACCUCUCCUUGUUUUGUUAAACAUUACUUGUCUUUAACUGUUAUUUUGUGCAGUCGCUCAUUAAAAUAUUCCUCUGAUGUGAAAUUAAAUGAAGGGUAUUAAUGUAAAUUAGAUGCAACCAGUAAAGUUAUACCUGUUGCUAUUUUGCAAAGAAAUAAUUAUAGUUUUUAUUUACCCAUUUGAUCUGUAUGAAGAAUUCAUCACUAUUUUAUACAUACCGUGUAGUCUACUAUAGUAUAGUAGGCUACUAUUGCUACUUCUGAUGUGAGUUGUAAUGUUUCUUAAUCAUUGGAAAUCAAUUAUUUUUAGAGUGUAGUAUAUAAUUUCAUAGCAUUUUAAAUUUAAUGUAUCAUGCAAGUUUUUUUGGUUGAUGCUAAAUAAUGUGGUUGCUAAACAAAGAAUGCUAAAGAAUGUUCAAGCUUUGUAGGUAACUUUAUUGUUAUUAUUUAUUUUCACACAUUUACGUCCUAUAGCCACAAGAAAGAAAAAAUGAUGGAGUUGCAAACGGCAGUGUGCUGUCACCUGCAACACAAGUACAUACCAGAAGUAUGACUCAUGCAAAGCAUUUUACCAUACAAAUAUCCUGGUGCGAUGAUGGGCCUGGCAACAUUUUCUACUGUACUUUUGUUUAAAUUCAAUGAAACAAAAAAUUCAUAAGAAAUUCCAUCCUACCACUAACAAAAUGGUAUAAAGAAUCUCCCAGCCUGGCCAACAUGGUGAAAUCCCGUCUCUACCACAAAGUAGCCAGGUGUGGUAGUGUGCGCCUGUAGUUCCAGCUACUUGGGAGGCCGAGGCACGAGAAUUGCAUGAACAAAGGAGGCAGAGGUUGCGGUGAGCCAAGAUCGCGCCAUUGUACUCCAGCCUGGGCGACAGAGUGAGACUCCAUCUCAAAAAAAAAAAAAAACAAAAAACCAGAAUCUCAAUGUAUUCUCAAAGUAAAAAGGCAUAACCAAGCACUCUCUUAUCUUGCCCUAUUGCUAUGCUAUGUACGUCCCACUGCAGGACAGCAGAUUUGAGACUUUUCUAUAGACUUCAGAGCACUGAAAAGAAAAGAAGAGUUUGGAGAGUAGAGUGUAGAAAUCCCAGUGGUAGCAGGUACCAACAGGUGAGCAGAAAGGUAGUUUUAGCCUGACAUUUGACUUAUACUCUGUGCUGCCUGAGCGAGAUUUAUAGAAUCAUAUAAUUACCUUUUCAUGUAUAUUUGAAAUCAGAGGUGUUUAAAAUGUCUAUGAGAUACCAAUAUAGCCUUAACAUAUGUCAAAAUACAUUGCUGAUUAAUUAUUUGGAAUACACAUAAACUCCUAAUAUUGAAUCAUUACUUAUCAGGUAUUAUCUUUUUGGAACUUUUCAAUAUCUUUGCUUUAUAAAGAUUCUAACCAUGCAUCUGAGCUGGUAAUAUUUUAAAAUCUCCAUUAUUUGUGUAAAACUGUUUGUAAGCAGUGUUUGAGAGGGUCUGUUUUACCAUUAUCCCCUCAAUAUCAUGAUCAUCCAAUCUCAAAUGUAAAAAAAAAAAAAGGAAUUUGAUUUUAGGGAUUGUGAGUAAACAAGUUUAUAUAUAUAGACAUAGUGAAGUUAAAGUUUUCAGAAAUUACAUUUGUGCAGUUGUUACCUUUUCCUCACGUAGUGUCAUUGAAAUAGACUGAAAUCAUCUUGGCAAAAGUUGGACAACCGAAGACGAAUUUAGUGGACUGGUUUUCAAAACUUGAGCAGCUGAGAAGCAAAAGCGGUUGUUUUCAAUGACAAUGUAGCCUUUGUGGAUUUGGGUUUGUGCUUUGGGCGGAAAAGAAGUUUUUAGUCCUAGGCCAGUAGAUGGCAGCAGCUUUUCAUUGCAGACAAAACCACUUGAAACCCCUCCCCCAUGGCACAAACUCACCCAUGAUGGAAAGUGUUUAGAUUUCUGCCUCCUUUUACAGUUAAUCCAGGAGAGGGAGUCCUUUGCCAACUGAUGACCAACAGUUCCAAGCCAGAUAGUCUCAAGAACAGUGACAGUACAGAAAUAAGGUGUUAUUUCUGUUCAGAACUCCUCCGGCCUUUGUUCUUUUAAAACUUGAAUGUAGGUGGGAGACAUAGGAAAGGAAACAAAAGACUUAAAACUGGAGUGACAGGACAAAUAAUCAUUACUUUCAAUUCAUGACUGCUUUAUAUUCAUUUGAUGAAAUCAUUUGUAUACAAACCAGGGAGAAACUUUUCUUUAUACCCUUGACAAUAUAUCACAUACUCUUCAAGAUCAUAAUAAUAUCAUUAAUAUGAAUUUAAACAACAUGGCUUGUUAGAAAAUACGCUAAUUGCUAUGGUCUCAUUAUGUUUGCUUAGCUUUUAUUUGUUUCUCUGUGAACAGUUAGAGAGCUAAUUUUUUUCAAAGGUGAUUGUAAGUCAUAUUUUAUAUAGCAUUUUGCUUGAUUAUUUGCUCUGUACUGAAUUUGUACUCUAUUGCCAUUAGAUCUUACAAUAAUGUUCCACUCUGCAAAUUUUUAAGGUUCAAAUAAAGUUUAAUUGUUUGCAAACUGU